ACAGCCAUGCGGUAACGUAACGUACACACUGCACUCCAUGCAUAGUGCACGGUACGGUACCGAUCGACGCUGUUGGUCGAUUGGCCAAAUUCUGGUCUAGGCCUACACUUUUUUAUCCAAAUGAACACGAUUAAGAUGAAAGUGAAAGCAGAGCGUUGAAUAUCAUCGCCACUGGCGUCUUAAGGAAAAUGAAGAAGCACCUGUGUCAAGAGUUUCCCGAAUCUUCAAUAGGUUUCCUUUAGGCCUAGCUGAUAUCAGGAUCCAUUGAAUACAAGAACAAGUAAACAUGGGAUGCAGCCCUUCAUUGGAAGGUAGUGGUUACAUCAGUGGAGGUCCCACAAACACCAACCAGUCCCAUCCAAAAAAGAAUGAUACUUACAGUAGUUUCUACAAUGGAUACCACAAUCAAACAUCACCAUCCAAUGAGGAUUCUCUACAAUCUCGACAGGAUAAGAUCACCAUGGAUCACAUGACACUGUAUCCAAACCAACCACCAGGUAUUGGAAGUUACAACCAUGGCGUAGCCACUCUUAACCCACCUCAAGCUCCAUCCCACAUCACACCCUCUCGGACUAAGUCUAAACCUAAGAAUCCCAAAUCCACAACCAGAAGACUGCAUAAACCCACAGAACCAGCUUUCAAAACGGCGACACGUCCACAUCCAAAUAAACACCUACCGCAUACUCACUUGAACUCUAAAACAUCAGCAAAGCCAGCUGCAAAAUCUGCUAACUUUGAAGUCAGUCUUCCAAAUGCUUGCCCUUCACCUACUGAAGAUGCCCAUCUGAUGGGACAAAGAAAGGCAUCAGUUCCACUUAUCAAAGAUCAGGCAGAAUUCUGGACGUGUGAGGAGAUGAAAUCAGAAGAAGCAGAACCCGAGGAGGAAGCGGAAGAACCACAUCCUGAUCAUGAACUUAUCUUAGGAGUCACAGAGGAUUAUGUUGUGUUUAAGGAGAGGCUUGAGAACAUGUUAGAAGGCAACUUAUAUGAAGAUCCAGAUUUCCCAGCGGAUACCUCCUCACUUUUCUUGGAUGCAGAAAGAAACAAAGACAUCGUUUGGAAGAGACCUUCAGAAAUCUGCGAUGAACCAUGCAUGUUUGUAGACGGUACAAGUCGUGAGGAUGUCAUACAAGGUAUCCUGUCUGAUUGUUGGUUCCUAGCUGCAUGUGCCGGUAUUGCUCAACACAAGGAUCUUGUCAGGAGGGUGAGCUAUAUUGGAGCCAUUCACUUUAAGUUUUGGCGUUUUGGACGUUGGGUAGAUGUGGUCAUAGAUGACAGACUACCCACAAAGAACAACCGGCUGGUCUUUGCUUCAUCCAGUGAGAAAAAUGAGUUUUGGCCUGCCCUGAUGGAGAAGGCUUAUGCAAAGUUGAACGGUACCUAUCAGGGAUUGAGUGGUGGUAUGGCAGCUGAUGCUUUCGUUGAUCUGACAGGUGGAUUGUCAGAAGUCUUCUUGUUCACACAAGAGAGUGUCUCAGCAGAUUUUUAUGCACUCCUCUACAAAGGAGUCAAGACAUGUGCCUUCUUGGCAUGCUCAAAGAAGAAUUCUGACUUUCAGAAUGUGACUGCGGAUGAAAGUGGCAUUGUACCAGGCCAUUCCUACACCAUCACUGACUCUCAGGUGGUUCAUUUGAACAAAAAGAAGAAGCAGGAAAAGAAGAAAAAGAGCAAGGAAGUGAUUGCCAAACUACUACGGGUCAGGAACCCGUGGGGCAACAGCACUGAGUGGACAGGAGAUUGGAGUGAUAAUUCAUCUAUGUGGAAGAAACUUGAGAAGGAAGAGAGAGAAAGAUUGAAUCCCAAACGUAAGGAUGAUGGAGAGUUUUGGAUGAGCUUUGAGGAUUUCUGUAAGAAGUUCAACUCUGUCAUAAUGUGCACCUUGGGACCAGAUUUUGAUGGUGACGGCAAAGCAGACAUUGAUGAGUCAGGUGGAGGUUUUCAUGUUUAUGACAUGCGAGGACACUGGAUUAAGAGUGUCAGUGCAGGUGGUUGUUCUAACUAUGACACAUUCUACACCAAUCCACAGUUUAGCUUCAUUCUCUUACAACCAGAUGAUUUCCACUCGACUGACUCAGACGAGAAACGAGGCAAAUGUUCCAUCAUUAUAGCUCUCAUCCAGGAAUAUCGUCGCUGCAAGAAAAACCUAGCACCCAAGAGACAACAGAUAGGCUUCAGGAUCUAUGAAACGGAUGAUCCUAAUCAUCCUCACAGUAGACAACAACUCCAAGAUACAUCAGAAGUUGGCCGGUCUGGGUCCUUCAUCAACUACCGUCAGGUUUAUCGACGUUUUACACUAGCUCCAGGAAGUUACAUCAUCAUUCCAUCCACAUUCAACCCAAAUAUUCCAGGAACCUUCAUGAUGCGUGUGUUUACUGAGAAGCGAGCUGUCUGCAAGGCGCUAGGGUCUUAUGUUGAGAUUUGACAGGAUCAUUUAAGAAUAUUGAUGAGUGUGAUUCUAUCCUAAAGCUGAGGAAUACUGCCACAUGCCUUUGCUGGCAAGACUCCACAGUAACAGUGAUUUUUUCAAGGGUCUUAUUGAUAUUACUUGGAGUUGACCAACGUUGUAAAUAUUGUAACUGUUGCAGAUUUCUUUAAAGACUUAAAAGGCUUAAAGUUUGAUACAGAUUUUAUAUUUUUCUGUCUUGUAUAUUUGCUGUACACGCACAUUGCAUACUACAGCUCUGAAGCUAAAUCGUUUAAAAAUUUCUUACUUCCAAGUUCAAGUUGGCCAGUUUAUUUUAAUCAGUCUUGUUUACUUUACAGUGUUUGAAACAAACCCAUGAAUAAUCUUAUUCAUGCCUUCCACUAUGUCCACUUCUUCUUUUCCAGUUUUUAUUAGAUUGAAAGUGUUAAUUGAUUUUUUAAGAUUAUUUAUUCAGUGUGUGAAAAGAUUACAAGAUGCGGUGAUAUUUACCAUUGCCAGAAUUUUAGAAUGGUAACAUUUUGCACAGGAAUUCUGGUUUUACAAUGAAACACGGCAUUGUAGUUACUUUUAUAAGCCUCACUAGUUUGCAUUGUUUUGUAACAGAAAAUUGGUAUGGUCAACAAGAGAUUUAACUUAAUUUUAAUAAAGAAACCAGGGUUGUUGGGACAUUAAAAGAAAAACCCCUGUUUAUCAGUUUAAA